UUAUGCUGGUCAAAAUUAAUGCUUUCCCGAGAUGGCUUGCCGGUGUUUAGAACAAAUAUUUAAAUUUGUGCUCAGAUGUUGAUGCAAUGCCCGUGCGUAGAAUGACUAUCAGCGAAGCACUCUGCGAUGAUUGCGGACACCAGUGGGUCAUGGGUAAAUGCAGCAUUAUCAAAAAAUGAUAAUGCCUUCAUCCAAAACGGUGACAAAACACUCUCAGAUUCGUUUUGACCGUUGGUCUGCUUGGUUCAUGUUCUGUCUGUGGAUAUAGAAGCUUGUAAAUGUGGCUGAAGAUCAUUCUGAACGUAGUGGUUUUAUUCGGUGCUGCUUUGGGCAACGAACAAAACUCCUCACCAGUGACCGUCAACAUUGAAGGAUUGGGACGCGUUAGUGGAUCAGUUAAUCACACUUCGUGGACAAAACAACCGGUGUUCAAGUUUCAGGGUAUCCACUAUGGAGUGGCUGCAGUGGGGAGCUUAAGGUUUCAGCCUACAGUGAAAGUCGGUCCUUGGGAUGGUGUUAAGAAUGCAACAGAACCGGGAGUUCGCUGUCCCCAGAUUACCGACGACUACGUCAACGUGGACAACGAGGAUUGCCUUACGCUGUCGGUGUUCACGAAAAAUUUCAAUGCAGCUCGCCCGUUGAUGGUAUAUAUCCAUGGCGGAUGGUUCUACACGGGAGGUGCCGAUGAGUUUCAGCCAGAAUACCUGCUAGAAUCGGACGUAGUUUUGGUGACGAUCCAAUACCGUCUAGGACCGUUGGGAUUCCUUAGCACUUUGACCGAAGAUAUUCCCGGAAAUGUUGGAAUGUUGGAUGUGAUCACGGCGUUGGAGUGGGUUCAGCAGAACAUCGGAAGUUUUGGCGGAAACAAGUCAAUGGUGACGAUUUUCGGUCAAUCGGCAGGGUCGUCAUCUGUUUCCACUAUGCUUCAUAGCCCGCUGGUAAGCAAUCGCGAAGUUCCUCUGUUUCAUAGAGCCAUCCUGCAGUCCGGUUCACUACUUGUUCCACGACACGUCGCUGAUGACCCGGUGGAAGGGGCGAAGGAUAUUGCUAAGCGAUUGGGCUGUAAUGAGUCACGUAUAGAAACGUGCUUCCGUAAGGCCCCAACGAAAGACCUUCUGGAAGCAUUCCUCGAACAUCGCGCUGAAGCUAUUCGUAGUCGUGGCUUUUCAUCAGUUGCAGCCGCAAACCUGGUGAUUGGUGGACCCACGGGUCUUUUCCCCUGCCACCCAAAGUAUUACAUGCGUAACGCGAGGAAAGGCAUUCAAGUUAUGGGCGGAACGGUUUCCGAAGACGGUGUCUACUUACUGGAGGAAGUCAAUCGUUUUCAGCCGGAUCUCCCGAAGUCGUUAAACAGCACUGAACAGGUGCUGGAUUACAUUCGUAAUCUGUAUGUGAAGUUCGGGCAGACGCGUCUAGACGGAGUGCUUGAGGCUUACGCAAUGAACAUUCAUUUCAGAGCCCAAGACUUCGUAGAGCUGCGAUGGGAAGAUCUGGUAACCAGCUUUAUUGAUAUCUGUGCAAGCCAUGGCGUCAAGGGUCCACUGGUAACGGAAAUGGAUUUCAUCUCCCGAGCAAAUCCAGGGAACGUCUACCUCUACAGUUUUGAUUAUUCGGGUUCACAAGAACAGGAAACAUCCCGCCCACUGUUCCCGUACAAAGGGGGCGUGUUUCAUACCGAUGAGCUUAACUACCUCUUCCCAAUGAGGCGGCAGAUGACUGCCGAUGAUGUUGCAAUGGCAAAAACAAUGGUGGAGCUGUGGACAUCGUUUGCCACUGAUGGUGUACCAAGAGCACAGAAUGUUCCAUCUUGGAAUCCAAUGGGAAAUUUUAGUGGAUUUCCACUGGAAGGCACUGGAUAUUUGCUCCGAACUUAUGGACCAUACCUGAAAAUCGAUUCAACUGCUGGACAGGCGUACAAUUUCCGUGAAGAGUUUCUUGCUACUACCAGAAAGUACAGAUCUUCUCCAACAAUGCUGUUUAAUGGUUUUCAAUAGAAAUAAUACUUUACAAUGAUUGCAAAUAAUUUUCAAUAAGGUACAAUUUACACAUAUAAAAGGAAAAGUACUUUCAGUUGAUAACAAUCAUACGUUAAAAUAAUAAUAAAAUAU